ACCAACUAACAAUCGACUCCAACUGCCAGCACUAAAGCGAACUGAAUAUUUUUGCAAAGGAAUUUUGUUGUCAUUCUGGAAUAUGGUAUAGAACCGCCUUGAAAAGCACACGAACCACGGAAAGGAUGGCCAGCGCAGUGGUGGUGCUGGACAACGGGGCGUACACGGCCAAGGUGGGUCUGGCCAGCCAGGACGAGCCGCAGGUCGUCCCCAACUGCAUCAUGAAGGCGAAGAGCGAGCGGCGUCGCGCCUUUGUAGGCAAUCAGAUCGAAGAGUGCCGCGACACCUCGGCGCUAUAUUACAUCCUGGCUUUCCAACGCGGCUACCUGCUCAACUGGGACACCCAGAAGACGGUGUGGGACUACAUCUUCAGCAAGGACGGCAUCGGCUGUACGCUGGAGAACCGCAACAUCGUGAUCACCGAGCCGCAGAUGAACUUCCAGAGCGUACAGGAGGCGAUGCUGGAGAUGCUGUUCGAGGAGUACCGGGUGGCUGGUGUGUACAAGACCACCGCCGCUGAUCUGGCCGCCUUUAACUAUGUUGCCGACAGCGAGGAGCGCACCACAAUGCAGUCGCUGAACUGCAUCAUCAUUGACAUUGGCUACAGCUUCACGCACAUCGUUCCCUUUGUCCUUGGACGACGCGUCCUCGAGGGUAUCCGUCGCAUCGAUAUGGGCGGCAAGGCGUUGACCAAUCACCUUAAGGAGCUGAUAUCCUAUCGGCACCUAAACGUGAUGGACGAGAGCCAUGUGGUCAACCAGAUCAAGGAGGAUGUCUGCUUCGUGGCCGAGGAUUUCAAGCAGGCGAUGCAAGUGCAUCAGUCAGAUGAGAAGCGUCGCGAGCUUUCGCUAGACUAUGUCCUCCCGGACUUUACCACCGUACGACGGGGCUAUGUCCGUGUGCCGGGCAAGCCGCGCGAGGACGAGGAGCAGCAACAGAUGGUGCCGCUGUGCAACGAGCGCUUUACCGUGCCCGAACUGCUCUUCAAUCCCUCGGACAUCGGGGUGCCACAGGUGGGCAUCCCGGAGGCAGUAGCCGACUGCCUGAAGGCAUGCCCCUGGGAGGCGCAUCGCGAACUUCUCCUCAACAUCCUUAUUGUGGGCGGCAGCGCCCAGUUUCCCGGCUUCCUGCCCCGUCUCAAGCGCGAUUUGCGCGCCCUGGUGCCCGACGAUCUGGAGGUGUCGCUCAUUUGCCCCGAGGAUCCGGUUCGCUAUGCCUGGUACGGCGGCAAGGAGGUGGCAACCAGUCCCAACUUUGACGAGUUCGUCUACACACGAGAUGACUACGACGAGUACGGUUUUCAAGGCAUCAAUCAGCGGUAGUGAGCAUAUAGUUUUAGUCUUUUUUCGUACAAAAUAAACCUGUUUCAACAGCGAUCUUUGGUAGAACA